GGUGUUCAAAAGACUGUAAGCAUUCGUUAUGAAUUCCCAGAAGAUCUGCCAGAGAUGAAGAUAAUUGGAAAUGCUAAGCAACAGGCUGAGGAAAUUCUGAAGGAGGCCGAUCGCUGGGAAAACAUCCCUCUAGAGGCUCUCCCCAAGUACAUAGACCUUAGCCAACUGUGCCGUCGUUUGACUGUAGAGGAGAUGAAUGUCCUUUUCAAGACAGUUGAGCACAAACCCAAACCCAGACAUCUCCUGCUGAGUUCAAUCUUAUAUGCAGGCCGUCUUGACCCCAUGAAGUUUCUCAAAGAAAAACUGAUCAAAGGCGAACUGCAGAAAAUGGAACUUUAUUGGCUCCUUCCCAUAAUGUUCCACACUGCCAGCCCGGAUGUUGCUAGAAUAGAGGAAACAGCUCGCCUAGCAGCCGAAAUUCUCAACCAUGUUCAUAGUACUGGGCCAUUAGUGCUUGAGAAGCUUGUCAUCCUGGCAUAUGGAGCUUUCGUCUCCAGACAAUGUUCUCUGGGUCAAAGUUGUCCCAACAAAUUGCUUGAGCCCAUCCACAACCUCCUCACUGAGGCAGUCACGCACCAUGAUGAGAAACGCAUAAUAUUGGCUCUGAAGUCUAUUGGCAAUGCUGCUCAGCCAGCCAGCUUGAAAUUAGUGAGACCCUUGGCCCAGAAUGAUAAACACAGCAAAUUUGUCCAGGUUGUUGCUAUUCAAGCGCUCAUGAAAAUUGGCAGACGGGAUCCUGCAAAGGUUCAUGGCAUUCUAAUGCAGAUCUAUAUGAACUCUUCUGCUCCUAUUCAAGCUCGAAUUGUGGCUUGCAUGGCCAUCUUUGAAACAUACCCAACUCUCCCAGUUAUCACAGCUGUCGCUAAUGUUGCAUUCAGAGAGAGGGAGCCAGUGCUUGUCUCCUUUGUCUACUCUCAGCUGAAGGCUUGCUCCAAACUCAGGCUCCCAAUGUACUACAACCUGUCUUCUUAUUGCCAUGUGGCCUUGAAACUUAUGAAUCCUUGGUUUUUCCCAAAGAGUGGAAAUUACAGCAAAGUUGUUUAUUUGAACAUAUUCAAUACUCUUCACAGAUUUGGUGGCAUUUCUAAAUUUAUUGUGAUUGACAACCCCAUAAGACCAUUCCCCUCAUAUCUCAUCUUCAACUCAGAAGUAACUUUCUCUGGCGUAGUUGUUCGGCCAAUUGGGUUUACAGUUGAAUUUGGCGGCGUAAAGGAAUGGUGGGCAAACCUCAAUCGGCCAACUGAGCAAACCUUUAGCCAUCAGAAGAUUAAAGAUACAGAAAGACAGCUGCCAGGAUUCAAAGACUUAGCCCUUGAGAAUCCUUUGCUUGGUAGUUCACUCUCCUUUAUGGACAAAGAAUUCAUGUAUAUGACCACUGAAGAUGCAAUACUACUUGGGAAGUUAGAGGAAGGAAGACUUGGGCCUCAAGCAAUUGGAUUGAUUUAUCAGUUCAUCAAAAAUGUUGAUGAGCGAUGGAUUCUAUCUCUGAUUCUGGAGGGUCGAUAUAUGGUUCCUAGUGCUUCCGGUCAAUUGAUUGAUUUUAGUGCCAGUGGCAUUUUUAUGCCAUAUACUACAUUUAAGGGAAAAGAAUUGGAAAAUGAAGCAGAUCAGAAGAAGACUCAUAAUAUCCAAAAGGGACUUCAUCUUGAGAGCUCAUCUAGCCUCCAAGGAUUUGGAAAGUUUGUGUGGGGACUGAACACAGGACCUUCCGUACACAUCGUGGAAAUCACAGGCAAAUUCAGGGCACAAGCUUCCCUGAAAAUGAAAGCCACAUUGGAAGCUGAGAAGGUUGAAUUUGAAAUUGAACCAGUCCAUGACAAAUAUGAGCUGGCAGUGGCAAGCCACGAGGCACAUGUUGUUGCAAGGCACCUGGAUUAUGAGAAGAAAGCUCCAGUCUUUCCCAAAAGACCUGUUGAGGAUAUCUUGAAUGAAGAGUUCCAGCCAAGGGGAAGCGGCAUUAAACAAUCAAGGUCCUCCUACAAAAAAGACACUAGAGAUUGGUGUCUUGCAGUCCCCGUGGUCCCCAUAAAGCUCUGCCGGGAGACUGUGAAGAAAACAGAUGAUGUUGUGCCCCUCCGGAACACAUGGCUGCACUUCUUAUGUGAAAGCCAUGAAACCAAGCUUGUGCUGACACCAGUUGUUGCUAUGGAGAAGAUCAAAGGAGAAAUCCAACUUGGUCUUGGGCAAUCCAGGAUGAAAAGAGAAGCCAAACAGCAUGGAGUAAGGGAUGAGUGCCACAGUAUCCCAAUUCCACCCGAGGGCCAGGCGGGUGUGUGCAAAGCUGACUAUAGUCCUGUCUGUGGCAGUGAUGGUAAAACCUACGGAAACCUGUGUACCUUUUGUCAUGCCAAAUGGGAUAGUGGAAACGCGAUCACACUAGCCCAUCAAGGUGAAUGUGAGCGAAAGGAUGAGUGCCGCAAUAUCCCAAUUCCACCCGAGGGCCAGGAAGCUGCGUGCCAAUAUGACUACAGCCCUGUCUGUGGCAGUGAUGGUAAAACCUAUGGAAACCUGUGUUCAUUUUGUGAUGCCAAAAGGAAAAGUGGAAACACUAUCGCAAUAGCCCAUCAAGGUGAAUGUGACCGAAAGAAUAUGUGCCGUGACCAACCAUCUCCACCUGGCGGAGGUGAUCGCCCAUGUACAAAGGAACGUAGACCUGUCUGUGCCAGUGAUCGUAAGACCUACGCAAACUCGUGUUGCUUCUGUAACGCUAGACGGCGAAGUGGAAAUACUCUCACAGUGAUCCAUGAAGGUGAAUGUGAGCAAAAGGGUGGAAGCAAGUGGCAGAAGAAACCUUACAAGCAAACCGAACAGCAGUUUGGUGAAUGCUAUGCAAACUCAGACAGUUCCAGCUCUUCUUCCUCUAGCUCUUCUUCCUCCAGACCUUCUUCUUCAGACUCCUCCAGUUCUUCCUCCUCCAGUGCUACCUCCUCUGAGCCCUCUUCUUCAGACUCCUCCUCCUCUUCCUCCUCCUCUAGUUCCUCCUCUUCUAGUUCCUCCUCCUCUAGUUCCUCCUCUUCUGAGCCUUCCACUAAAAAAAGACAAGGGAGGAAGAAAAGGGACAGCAGCAGCAGUGACACUGAGAGCAGUAGUAGUAGCAGCAGCAGCAGCAGUGACACCAAGAGCAGCAGUAGCAGCAGCAGCAGCGACACCAAGAGCAGCAGUAGCAGCAGCAGCAGCAGUAGUAGCAGCAGCAGUGACACCAAGAGCAGCAGCAGCAGCAGCAGCAGCAGCAGCGAGAGCAAGGGGACACGCCGCCAUGGAAACAAGCGCCUUUAUCAGAAGAAAUCUAAAUACAGUUCUUCCAGCAGCAGUGACACCAAGAGCAGCAGUAGCAGCAGUGAUGACACCAGCAGCAGCAGUGACACAAGGAGCAGCAGCAGUGACACAAGUAGUAGCAGCAGCAGUGACACAAGUAGCAGCAGCAGUCAGAGUUUUGAGAAGAGACCACGAGAGAUUUACCAAUACUCUUUCAAGUCCAUGAAACAGCAGUGGACCAAGCAGGAAACUGAUCGCAAACAGAGACCAAGGAGCAGCAGCAGCAGCAGCAGCAGCUCCUCUACUGCAACUUCUAGCUCCAGCAGUGAGGAAGAUAGAAACAUUCCGAGAAAAUGGAUAAAAACUGUCAAAAUUAGUAUUCUCAUCAUCCGUCGUGAUGCCAAGCUGCAUGGAUCUGACAUUGUGAUAUAUAAAGCUCCCAACUGGCUAAGAUUGAUUGCUACAGACAUUACACUGCCAGGCAAGCCAUUUAUCUGCUGGGACUCUGGAAUAGUCAACCCUUACAAAGCCAAGUCGUCUUUGAAGGCAGGCCAGGAUUGCAAGGAAUACGAGGUCACAACUGAAGUGGAGACUGGUUCUUUGGCUGAUCAUCCAGCAAUUCGUUGGAAACUUGCAUACCCCAAGAUCCCUUCCACAGUGUCUGACAUUUUUAAACGGUACUAUGAACUAAUCCCUGAAAUGGCAUACAUGCUGGGACAUUCACAUAGAAUUCAAAGAAACCCCUCUCAAGAAAUUUCAAUGGUUCUGGCUCUAACCACUCCACGCAGCUACGCCAUGGUUACAAGGAUACCAGAGGGUACUUUCUUUAAAGAGGACCUCAUGCUUCUAUAUGAAAUGCCUUAUAUCAAAACUUCCAAAAUCAUUGAUGUUCCAUCAAGAGUCCUUGCGAGUCUGAAUGGUAUGUGUAAAGUAAGCGGUCAGACAAUCCAAACUUUCCAUGGACAAAUCAUCAACAAAGGAUUGGUUCCCGGCUGUUUCCUGGACUUGUUACAAGACUGUACCUGCCACAAGAACUUUAUGGUGUUGAUUAAAUAUGAACCUGAUAACAAUAUACUGGUCAAUGCCACCAUGGAAUACACGGAGAUUGUCCUCAAGAUUCGUGAUGGAAAACCGUUGUUAGUAAUGAAUGGGACCACCAUACAGAGCAAUGAGCCUUCCUUACGCAAUCUCAGAGAAACAAAUGGUAUCAUUGUUACAGUAGGAGACAAAGAUAUUACUCUGCAGAUGGAGAAAAAUGGAUUGGAGCGACUGUUCUAUGAUGGACGUAAUGUCACGGUUGUGGUGACUCCUAAGAUUGGAUUGGCCUGUGGUCUCUGUGAAAAUUACAACGGAGAAUCAGGACCUCUCAGAACCCCAAGUGGCUACUUGGCCAAAGAUCUUGUCAGUUUUGCCCAGUCCUGGGUUGUUCCUGAUGCCUUAGGUGGAACCUGCAAGCUGCAGCACUCAACAGUGACACAUGAGAAUCCAGUGCUGGCUGCAGAAGAAAAUUCCCAGUGUGUUUCCAACCAUCCCAUUCUGCAGUGCCAAGAAGGGUGCUUGCCCACUGAAACCAGCGAGAUUUCUGCCGGUUUCCACUGUGUGUCAGCUGGGACAACUUUGCCUACUGAAAUGACAAAACUUGUUGAAAAACCUGAAGAUUUUGUAGACACCGUUCGAUCCCACGUGGCUUGCUCUUGUGAUCAGUGAAGCGUGUCUCUACUGCCAAUUCCUACCUGAACCUUAACCUGUAAUAUUGUUUUUUGUGUGGUCCAGUCUCUCAAUUCUGAGCAGCUGAACCUAUGUUAAUUUAAGUAUUGUAAAAGUCUUACUAAAACCUAGAUCUCUGUCCCAUCCCAUCCCAAGUACAGAGAACCAUGAAUUAAAUGAAUGGCUUCCUAAUAAACAAUUGCAUUCAAAAUGA